CCUGCAGCUGGUUAAGGACCAACAAGAGCUCCAGCUAACAACCCACUAGUCACCAAAGAAGUAAAACACUAUGUGAGAAACUGAGGUUUAUAUGCUGGUGGAAGAAGGCAAUGAGGAUGGUUUGGGCAACAGUGGUAAUGAUGUAUGGAGUCUCCAUAGGAAUUGCAAAGAUUGCUGCAGAACCUGGCUUAAAAGGUCGAAUUCCACUGGAUUUGGCUCUAAAUGCUGUUGAUGAUAUGUACACUGGAUGCAAAGACAAGAUGGAGUACAGAGUGAGGAAGGAGUACCUGGAGAAUGAGAAAAACAAAGACAAGAAUUUGACUUUGGCCUGGGGUGAAGCAGAAAAAUACUACAACAAAAAAUGGAAGCCUAAAAAGGGAAAGCGACCUUCCACCUCCCUGGGAAAGGAACAGAUCAUGACUAUUUAUAUUUAUACCCUUGACAAGCCACAGGUCUAUCUUGAUUUCAAUGAUGCGGUUCGAACCCAGAAAUCUAAGUACAGGUCCUCAUUCAGAUAUCACACCCUUCACUUUUUCCUGACUGACGCCCUCCAAACUCUCAACGCUCGCAAACCUGAACAGGAAAGAUGUCUCACCGGCUUCCGCAGAGUCAACAGCUACUUUAGCCAAGAUGUUCUCAACAAAGUGAUUCGCUUUGGCUCUUUUACCUCCAGCUCAAUGGGUUGGUACCCCAGUGCGGGAAGAUUUGGGGACAAGUCAUGCUUUGAAAUUGUCACAUGCUUCGGAGCAGACAUCUCUCUGUACUCUAAGCUCGGGGAGUCAGAGAGAGAAGCCCUCAUUCCUCCGUAUGAGGUCUUUAAAGUCACAAAGAUUGAGAGGAGAUCUGACAAGAAGAGUCUUCCAUGUGAGGUGGUCUAUAGAGUGAGAAGCACAGGAACAAGUCUUUCCAAUUUAAAUUGUGCUCUUUUCAAGCAGACUCAUGCAUUUAACAUAUAAUAUUCAAUGUUUACAAAACAUGCAAAAUAAUAUACUGGGCUGUAUUGAGUUAGCAAUUUCACAUUCUCAAAAUGCAUUUGGAUAUUACUGAAAUAAAGGCAUGAUGUCAUUUUUACUAGUCUCUUAGUCACGCAGGAAAGGAUAAAAAAGGAAUAGUUUGGAUUUUUUGAAGUGGGGUUUAUGGGGGUACAUAUCCAUAGUCAGUGUAUUACAUA